UUCAAUAAUCUGGGAAGCAGUUUGCACGGUUUGCACUGGACAUCUCACAGUGAAACCAGGAGAAACUACAGCGUGCUGCUUUAGAGAAGCGGAGGCGCAUUUUCCCGCAGGUUCCGGUGACGGAGGUUUACUGACGAGCAGCCAUGAGCUUCUUCGGUUUUGGUCAAAGUGCGGACAUCGAUAUAGUUCUGAAUGACGCCGAAACGAGAAAGAAAGCUGAGCAUAAAAGCGAAGAUGGCAGGAAGGACAAAUAUUUCCUCUUUUACGACGGUGAAACGGUGUCGGGAAAGGUCAACGUUACGCUCAAGUACCCGGGAAAGAGGCUGGAGCACAACGGCAUCAAGAUCGAGUUUAUCGGCCAGAUAGAGCUUUACUAUGACAGAGGAAACCACCACGAGUUUGUGUCUCUUGUGAAAGACUUGGCUCGACCAGGGGAGCUCACACAGUCACAGACGUUUGACUUCGAGUUCACGCAUGUGGAGAAACCCUACGAGUCUUACACUGGCCAGAAUGUCAAGUUACGCUACUUCCUGAGGGCCACAGUAAGCCGGAGACUGAAUGACAUCAACAAAGAGCUGGACAUAGUGGUUCACACACUCAGCACCUACCCUGACAUCAACUCCUCCAUCAAGAUGGAAGUGGGGAUCGAGGACUGUCUACACAUAGAGUUUGAGUACAACAAGUCCAAGUAUCACCUAAAAGAUGUGAUAGUAGGAAAGAUUUACUUUCUGCUGGUGAGGAUUAAAAUCAAACACAUGGAGAUUGACAUCAUCAAGCGGGAGACGACCGGCACGGGGCCCAACGUCUACCACGAGAAUGACACCAUGGCGAAGUAUGAAAUCAUGGACGGUGCACCGGUCAGAGGAGAGUCCAUCCCCAUCAGGCUGUUUCUAGCAGGCUACGAGAUGACGCCCACCAUGAGGGACAUUAACAAGAAGUUCUCGGUGCGGUACUACCUCAACCUGGUCCUCAUAGACGAGGAGGAAAGACGCUACUUCAAACAGCAGGAGAUCACCCUGUGGAGGAAAGGUGACAUAGUGAGGAAGAGUAUGUCUCACCAAGCAGUCAUCGCCUCCCAGCGCUUCGAGGGCUCCUCCAACCCAGAGAGGACCCAGACCGAGGAAGACGACAGCUAAAGCCCGACACACGCGCUCCACCCUGGUGUUAGUGAGUGUCUGAGCGAAGACAGUGCAGAAAUUGUCAGCAAAUUCUGAAUGUGAAUAUUAUCUGUUUGCAUCAAGAUAGAAUGCGCUGCAGUGUUUUUCAGGAUGUGUGUGUGUUUGUGUGUGAGAGACAAUGAGAGAGGCUUUGAAAUAUGACAGUAUGUGUGUGUGUGUGUGUGUGUGUGUGUCAAGGGAACAAACAGUCAGACCAGGCUCAGUGUACUUGCAAGUAAUUCUGAGUGUUUGUUUUAACCAUCUUGAAGUACCAGCCGGGUGGAGUUUACCACAUUAAGACUGGUUAGACAGUGUCGGCUAGUUUCUUUGUCACAAAAAAAAAAAAAAAUGCACAAAAUUGACUUUUAAGUGCUUAACUUCCUUUUUUUUUUGGCAUUUGUUAUACAGUUUAGUGGGGCAAACUUCACCCAUUAGAUGCACUUAAAUAUCAUUUGCAAAUACUGUUUGACCAAUAUCUUGAAUUCACUUGUGUGUAUGAAUGUACAGUAUGUAUUUCUAACAUGAACAUGAUCUUUCCUCCAAACUACUUAUUCAGCUGGAAGAUUUGCGCUGUGCAGAAACUGUAGUCGUACAGUAGGUUUCUAGAGUGGGUAAACAAUAGCUCCUUACAGUACAUUUCUCUAUGUCUCCUCACAGGAAGGUGACAUUUAAAAUAACUUUGCCGCCAUGCCCUCAGCUCAGAAAUGGCUCUUAACAUUUGGAUUUAAUUAAAAAAAAAAAGUUGCCUCUUGAUUAAAAAAAAAAAAACAACAACAAGCAGUGUCUCUUACAUAUUAAACAGAAGAACACCAUUUCUUCAGUGAAAUGCUCUACAUGAAAGGCUGCGUAUUUGUAUAAGACAAUGCUUCGAAUAUUUUCAUACAUUCCAAGGCUUUCAUCAGAAAUAGGCACGCUUAUAGAGUAUUUAUUUUUGAACAGACUGCAUUGAACAUGUUAGAUGCAUCAGCUGGUUGUGGUUGGGUGUCAGCCACUGCUGCUAAAACAGACGUGGCACUUAUGAGUAGAGCUGAAACCAUUCAUCUGUUAGUCAGUCGCCAGAAAAAUAAUCUAUUGUCAUAAUUGAUUCAUCAUUUUAUUUUUUUAUUUUUUUUUAUUUUUUUUUUUUUCCAAGAAAAAAUGCUAAAUUUUCAUCUGGUUUCAUCUUUUCAAUUCUGAGGAUUUGCUUUGUGUUGUGUGAAUAUGUUGUGUUUGGACUGAUGGAAAGACAAAACAAGCUGUUUGACCUUCAGGAAAUUGAAGUCAUUAUUUUUCACUAUUGUCUAAUAUUUUACAGACCAAAUGAUUAAUCGAUUAACAGUGAAAAUUAUCAGCAUAAUUAAUGGAUAAUGAAAGUAAGUUGUAGUUUCAGCUCUACUUGUGAGCACUGUGAGAUGUUUUUGUUCCAGUUGCCAGUCUUUGACAGAUGGACGCCCUGCUUUCUUAUUUGCACUAUUAUCUGCUUAUUCUGUUCUCAGUGCUGUUCAUGAAGUGGACUCAUGGCAGGGUUCAGGAGCAGAGUAUAAA